GUUUGCUUAAUCCAUCGUAGGACUUUUCAUGGAAAGACUCAAUCGUGAUUUUUAACUACGAGACGCUAAAACCUUAACUUAUAAGAAAGAUUACGUAUUGCCCAAAAGACAUUCGUUGUCAAUUAUGGGUCUUAUUCUGGGAACUUUUUUUUAUAUAGUUUUUGCGCUUAUCGGUGUGUUCACGGCCCCCAUCUGGACACGUCACCAAGCCGAGCUAAUACGUGUUCUUUGGGUCCUGGCAACCUUUUGUUGUUGGUUAUCAUGGGCUCUCAUCUACAUGGCGCAGAUGAAUCCAUUACAGCUCCCGGUUCGAGUAAUAAAAAGCAGCUAAUACUUGGAAUAGUCAGUCUAUCGGCAUGAGUAUAAAUAUUUAUCUAUUUGUACAUGCAUAGGUGUGAUAUCAAACCUAUGGAAGGUUAGUUUUCAAGGUGGGAACUGCUUGGGUUUUUGUAUUUGAUGUGUGAUUCAAAAUUUUGAAAUU